AUGGCCAGCCUCCCCUCGCAACACCCCACUCUCUCCCUCCACCUCUCCGACGGCACUCUCACCCCGCUCAUCACCUCGGCCUCGUCGCAAUCGCAUCUCGAAUCUCUCACAGCCCUAACUUCCAGCGCACUAUCCUCACAGACUGCCGCUCAAAGGCUUGGUCUUGGCCGCCCUCAGCGCCUGAUGGUCGAGUACCCAGACCGUGGGCCUGUCGUGCUGUAUUCAUAUCUUGAUCCUCGCGACGCAGUCGACACAACCACCAACAACGCUGCGCCAGCGACUUCAAGCCGUCCCGGUUCGGCGCCUGGCUCAAGUCAUGGUGUUGACCAAAGAGCACCUCGGUCUGAACCAGCGCCGGCGCUCUACAGCGACCCGCGCUCUGAGGAUGCGGCCCCGCCGCUUGUGGGCGUCGUUGUGGCCGGUUCCGCGGAUGAAUCAAGAGAGGCCCGCCGCGCAUCCGCUAGACUGGAGCGCGUAGGAAGAGAGAUUCAAAAGGAAUGGGCAGCUGAAAGCAGCCAGGAGCGCGCAAACGAGAAUGGACCAGAGUGA